GAUUUUAUGCUAGAAAGCAGCAGGAAUGGCCAGAGUUUCCUGGUGUUGGAUGAACAGACCUUCGCAAAAGAGAUUCUUCCCAAGUACUUCAAGCACAACAACAUGGCAAGCUUUGUCAGACAGUUAAACAUGUAUGGCUUCCGUAAAGUUGUCCAGGUGGAUUCUGGGUUUGUCAAACUGGAGCGAGAUGGUCCAGUAGAGUUUCAGCACCCGUAUUUUAAGCAGGGCCGGGAGGACUUGUUGGAACACAUUAAAAGGAAGGUUUCGUCUUCAAGACCUGAAGAAAACAGGAUACGUCAGGAAGAUCUCUCCAAAAUAAUUAGUAGUGCUCAAAAGGUGCAAAUUAAACAAGAGACUAUUGAAUCUCGCUUUUCUGCUUUGAAGAAGGAGAAUGAAUCCCUUUGGAGGGAAGUGGCAGAACUGAGAGCAAAACACUUGCAACAACAGCAAGUUAUUCGUAAGAUCGUGCAGUUCAUCGUCACCCUGGUGCGGAACAACCAGCUAGUGAGCCUGAAACGCAAGAGGCCUCUACUUCUGAACACUAAUGGACCUACAAAGUCGAAUGUGUUUCAAAAAAUUGUGAAAGAACCGUCUGACAGUAAUCACCAUGUACCUCUCAACAGAAAUGAAGGCAUAAAACAAAGGGAACAGAUUUCAGAUGACAUCAUCAUUUAUGAUGUCACUGAGGAUGUGGGUGAUGAAGAAAAUCCCAUGGGCAAUGAAGAAAGUCUUCCCAUUACACCAGAAACAAGUGAAGAUAUCACUUCAGAUUCUUCCAACUGUAGUAAUUCUCCUGAUAUUGUCAUUGUGGAAGAUGAUGAAGAAGAAUACGCCCCUGUAAUUCAAGGGGAUAAAAGCACAGAAUCAGUUGCUGUCCCAGCGAAUGAUCCCCUCAGCCCUGUCAGUGACGGCACGAGCCCACUCAUGUCCAGUGCUGUACAGCUGAAUAACCAGUCAGCUCUGACUGCAGAGGAUCCCGUCUCCAUGAUGGAUUCCAUACUCAGUGAGAAUGGAGUCAUUUCACAGAAUAUAAACCUUCUUGGAAAAGUUGAACUUCUGGAUUACCUUGACAGUAUCGACUGCAGUUUAGAGGACUUCCAAGCUCUGUUAUCAGGACGACAGUUCAGCAUAGAUCCAGAUCUCCUGGUCGAUCUUUUUACAAGCUCCGUGCAGAUGAAUCCCACAGAUCAUAUCACUAAUGCCAAAAUGGAGACAAAGGGAAUAGAAACCACCAGGAAUAACACUGGUCCAGAGGCUUCACAGGAAACACAAGUUUCUAAGCCCAAAUCAGACAAGCGGCUCAUCCAGUACACGGCCUUCCCCCUCCUUGCCUUCUUCGACGGGAACCCGGGCGCCGAGGUGGAGAGCGGGAGCUCCGCGGUGGGAACCCCGCCCUCCACCGACAAGCCCCCGGAGGUGGACGAGCUGCUGGAGACCAGCCUGGAGCCCGAGCCCACCCAGAGCAAGCUGGUGCGGCUGGGGCCACUGACGGAGGCCGAGGCGAGCGAGGCCACCCUCUUCUACCUGUGCGAGCUCGCCCCCGCCCCCAUGGACACGGACACGUACUUCCUGGACAACUAG